GAACAGUCAGUCAUGUCACAGACAGAGAGAUACACAUUCACUAACACAGAUAUGGAUAGAGUGAGAGAAGAGAAAGAGUUGCAAUAUAUAGAACAAAAUAGAAGGGGUAAAUAAGAGAGAGAAAACAAGAAGAGGAAGAAACAUGAAGAAAAUGAGAGAGAGAGAGAGAGCGAGAGAGAGAACAAGAAGAGAGAGCAAGGGUUCUCAUCAUCUCUCUCUCUUUCAUUUCCUGACAAAGUCACUGUAUUUGGAACUCAAGACCAUCACAAUCAAACUAUUCCACUCAUAAGCAUCAAACGGAAACAACAAAAAUAGUAGUCAUGACCAUCAACACCACUCAUAACUGCACAGAGCCCCAGAGUAACUGGCUCUUUGUUGGGGUCUACUCCAUGGUCUUCAUGGUUGGCCUCAUCCUCAACCUCACAGCACUAGUGGUGUUCUUCCGCUACACCAAGUCUCGGUCUCACACCACCGUCUACAUGACUAACCUGGCCAUCGCAGACCUUCUCCUGGUCCUCACUCUGCCCCUGAGGAUCUACUACCAUCUGGGAAUGUCUGGGUUACCUCAGUUACCUCAGUUACCUCAGGUCCUGUGUGAAGGGGUGGGCCUGGUUCUGCUGGUCAACAUGUAUGGCAGCAUCUUUCUCCUCACCUGCAUGUGUUUCGACCGUUGUGUAGCCGUAUGUUUCCCCAUGUCUUGCCGGAUUCGGGAGGGCCGAAAGAAAGCCCCACUGGUCUGCCUCGGUGUCUGGGUCCUUACCAUCGGAGCCAGCCUCCCAUUCUACAUCUCCAAACGCAGAGAGGCAUCCAAUGAGAUGCAGGACCUUUGUUUCGGGAACCUUCCAGUCUACGCCACACAGGCAACGGCAGUCACCUCGACACUAACCGUCGGCUUCGGCAUCCCCUUGGUGGUGAUGUUGGUCUGUUCCUCUGCGUUGAUCCGCACCAUCACAAGGAGCGCUGUAGCCCAGACAGAACUCAUCAACUCUGGGAAGAUCCAGAGGAUGAUCACCACCAACCUGGUGAUAUUUCUGGCCUGCUUCCUGCCCUACCAUGGGACUCUGGCGCUCCUCUAUGUCCAUAGGAAAGCGGUACCAUGCCCCCUACUGUCGGCAUACCGCUAUAGCCUAAUGGUGGCCUGUCUGAACGCCAUUUUGGAUCCACUGGCUUACUAUUUCACCACUGAGACGUUCAGGAAGAAGGUGGAUAUGGACGCCAUGAGGAGGAUGUUCCCACUCAACAGUCAGAACUCUGAGGGGAACAACUCCAGAGCCCCCUUCAACACUUAAUGUUCUAAAGAGACAGUCUGGGAUUUGAAAAACAACAAAUCCAUCACCCCGCCGGCCGCCAAUUGUUUUGGUAAAAAUGUAUUAAAGCACGUUCCAUGUACUGCUAAGAUAUAGAAUGGUGAUUAUAUUGGAUUUAGGAUGUGUAGUUCUACGCCAAGCUAACACCCAAGGUGUUAAGAUAUUGGAUCAUCCAUGUGCAAUCAGUUGGUUCUCAUACUGAAGUUUCGGACUAUGCAGUGGCAGGUAUUCAGGGAUGCCAAAGGAAGGCAGGCUUCCCCUGAACAAUCACCAAGAAAAAAAGAACAAAUAUAAUAAUACAAAUAAAUGUAUCUUUCAUAGUUUUACUUCAAUUUGCAAGAGGCUUAAUCUACAGUAGCUCACAGUAGCUACUCUGUUUCUGUAUGUGUAGCUCAUCUAUCUGAUGCUUUCUGGUCAAAAAUAGUAUAAUAUUGUUGCCGCCUGUAGCAUUGAAUACAAGGGAUUAAUAAUUAUUAAUAAUAAUAGCCAAUCAGCGUUGAGCUAAACUGAGUGAGCUCAGCUGUGAAUGGUCCUGGUGCACCAAAAGAAAGUGUAAAGGGAAGCCAGUUCGGAUUUGGCUUCACACCAGUCACAUCACAUCCAGCCAAACAUCAUUGACGGAGAAAACGUGAUUUGUUGUAUCUAGUUUCCUAAAUUAGCCAAGGACAGAGAUAGGGAUUUUGUGGUUUUACUUCAUUCUCCACACUGGCCAAUUCUGCGAUUCUGACACAACCAUUAAUUCAUACAUUGUGUCCCUGGUCUGACAGGAUGGAAGUUCAAUAUGUAGAAGGCUAAUGUGAACGAGCUAAUGUUGUCAUGAAAGGAAAUUAGGCUAGCAAGCAACAUUCUAGCCAGGUAGUCUAGGACAACAUAAACUUAAAGCAUGUAUGACAGAGUCAUAGACGUUUUGGCAACAUGAAUGAGAGGAGGAUGGCAUUGGCCUUUCUUUACAAGUAGGGUGAGUCAACACAUUUUCUACUUACGCACACAAACACACAAAUCAGUACCAUGGACAGCCACAUGAUAGGUAAGAAUGUACAUAUUUUUCCCAUUAAUAAAACGAUAUCCUAACA